AUGCUCUCUGUCUCACAAAAUAGCCUCACUGAUGCUGAAUGUUCAAUUUGUCAGGUUGACGAGUCCGUCCAGGAGCUGGACCGCCGUGUUCCACCGGUUGUGAAGGAGGUGCCGACCUAUGCCCGCUCUGCGGCGGCUGAGGUGCACAAGACCGGCUUAGUUGGCACAGCCACGGGCCUGGCCAAGUCGGCCAUUGUUCGCGCUGAGCCAAAGGCUCGCAACCUCUACACCCGCUACGAGCCUGUGGCGGAGCGCAAGGCUGCCGAAGCUUGGGCUGCCCUCAACCGUCUGCCUCUUGUUCCAUCGGUGACCCGGGCUGUCCUCCCCACCGCUGCACAGCUCUCAGCCAAGUACAAUUCUGCCGUGCUUGACGGGGCCAAGCGCGGGAACUCUGUUGCCACUUACCUCCCGCUUGUCCCCACGGAGCGCAUCGCGAGGGUGUUCUCCUACCCUCCUACCGACGCUGCUGCAACCUCGGCUCCUGAGAUGCAGCCCAUCCCAACGCAGUAAUGAUGAUAAUUUCAUCAAGCCUGAAUUAUGUUACUCCCUAGUAGCUAGUAUCUUGUGUAGUGUCUUGUGAACUGGGUUGUCGUGUGGAUGUUACUACGGUUUCUGCCUGUGUAAGGACGUGACUUGUACUGUGCUGCAGCAUCUGCUUUGAGUUUUAGUUUGUUGCAUGAACCAUUUGUAAUGUUUUAAAUCCAAAUUAUAUGAUAAAUCCAUCUGUAAAUUCACCA